UUGUCAAUAUUAACCUGAGACGAGAAUGAGACCCUUGUCAAACGCGACGAGUCUGUAAUUAGAGAUGAUAACUCUACAGCUAUCUCCUCCUCCUCUAACUUCCCUUCAAAUCCCCAAUUUGCACCGUGCACAUACAGCAGCUAGCUCUCUUUUUUCCCACUACUCCGCACCCUUCAAAAGCCUUGCUUUCACCUCAAAUCACUUCUCAAAAUCUCACGAAACACAUAAAUUUACAGUCUUUUGUCGUCGCUCAGACUCAAAACCCCUUCACUGUACUCAUACCCUCAAAACCUCCACAUUUCAAAGGUUAAUUUGCUAUGGGAUUAAGGGUUCUGGUGAGGAGACAAAGAUCGGGGUUGAUUCCGGUGGUGGAGACGGUGGUGGUGGCGGAGGCGGCGAUGAUGGUGAUGAUGAAGUUGAGAAGAGUGGUCGAAUUUUGCCGGAGUGGUUGGAUUUCACUUCUGACGACGCAAAGACUGUGUUUGCUGCGCUGGCAAUUUCGCUUGCUUUUCGGUCUUUUAUUGCUGAGCCAAGGUACAUCCCUUCAUUAUCGAUGUAUCCCACUUUUGAUGUCGGUGAUCGAGUGGUUGCGGAGAAGGUUACAUACUAUUUCAGAAAACCUUGUGCAAAUGAUAUAGUGAUAUUCAAAAGCCCGCCGGUGCUUCAAGAAGUUGGAUACACUGAUGAUGAUGUUUUCAUAAAACGGAUUGUUGCCAAGGAAGGUGAUGUUGUGGAGGUUCAUGCAGGGAAGCUUAUAGUCAAUGGAGUUGUGAGAAACGAAAAUUUUAUUCUCGAACCACCUUCUUAUGACAUGACACCAGUUCGAGUUCCUGAGAAUUCAGUUUUUGUGAUGGGUGACAACCGCAAUAACAGUUAUGAUUCACAUGUGUGGGGUCCCCUCCCAGCAAAGAAUAUAAUAGGAAGAUCAAUUAUUCGCUAUUGGCCUCCAAACAGGAUUGGUAGCACGGUUCUUGAGAUUGGCUGUGCUGUUGACAAGCAGGACAGUAACCCAGUGACUGAAUAGCCGUUCCGAUGGGAGUUUUUUUUUGUCUCCCCGAUUCUUUUCAUAGAGUUUCUGACCCUUCAAUAUUUUCAACUGUUUUAUAUAUCUGGAACACAUUGUUUGCUAGAAGGCGAUUCUUAUAGGAAAUACUUUUCGAGGGGCUGGAUGUAUUAAUAUAUUCUCUCAUUAAUUAAAGCCUUGCCAACUGAUUACUGCGUUCAACAUCUUUAA